AGCUUAAAUACAACCUUGCCCAACGUACAGGCUAGGAACCGACACUCCCACUGUGUGGUCACCUCCGAUAUCGGUAUCACCGGUUGUUGAAAGCCAGGGCCAUUUAUUUGAAAUAGGUUAGAUAUUUGCAUUUUACGGCCGUUGGAUAAAGCUCCAAAGGACUGAGGGAAUCAGCAAGGCAGGGAGUGUUCCCCUCGGUUUUCAGUUACUAUUGGGACACACACAGCAGGCUCAGCCAAGAGAGGCAGAGUUCGAGUUUCAACUGUACACUGCUGCCUGGCGCGUGGAGAGUCCAGGGCACAGAUGGGAAUCUUGUACUCCGAGCCGAUCUGCCAAGCAGCAUAUGAAAAUGAUUUUCAACAGCUGAGGAAACUGCUUCAGGAAAACAAUAAUGUGAAUACACAAGAUGGGACGUAUGGAGACACCCCCCUCAUCGCUGCGUGUAGAGCAGGCAGAGUUGAAAUAGUACGGUAUCUUCUGAGAAAAGCAGCCAAUGUCAAUGUCAAAAACAAGAAGGAACGAACAUGUUUACAUUACGCUGUCAAGAGAAGAUUCUCCUUUCUGGACUACCUGCUGAUCAUUAUCUUGAUGCCUGUGUUGCUUCUGGGCUACAUCAUAAUGGAAUCAAAGAAGAGUCGGAAUGAAACGUUGAUCAGGAUGUUGGUGAAUGCUAAAGUGGAUGUAAAUGCAACAGACAAUAAAGGUAACUCGGCACUUCAUUAUGCUUGUCAAAUGAAGAAUAAAAGGAUUAUUUCUAUUCUCACUCAAGCAAAUGCUGAUGCAUCAAUUGCUAAUAAGAAUGGAGAAACAUCCCUGGAUAUUGCCACCCGAUUAAAGUUCCCACAGAUUGUCGCGAUGCUGCAGAAGAAAUCAUAGAAAGCUGAAAUCUGUGUAUCAUUGUUUGGAUCCAGGAACUGAAAUUGAUCUGAGUUCGCCAGGUCCAUCCAGGCCUCCCUAGAUGCCAUUAAAUAUUCCUGUGCAUGAUAUGAUGAAGAAAAUGUGAAGUUAAAUUACCUACUUCUGUAUCGUUGCAAUCAUUCUUUGAACCGCAGUAUUCUACAACCAAGGCUCCAUUUUCUGAAAACAUAGUUGCUGUAGACAGGGGAAGAAGAUUUCUAAAUUUAAACUUCCUUACAAAUUGGACAUUGAUGCUCCAUUACCUCACCAACCAUCCAGCUGGAUGUAGUCCCAUGACAAGUAGAUUACCAGUUGUUUUUGUGAGACCUACCUGUAUUACAAACUAUCUUUAUUAAAAUGGUUCUAAUGAG